AACUCGAGAGGGUCCAGUUGAACUCGUGUACGAUCCAAAUUUAACAAAAUCCCCUUCAACUUGGAAUCCCCUGAGCCAUACGCUCGUAUGAAAGGUUCAAAGUUCUGAACCCUCCAUUGUGAAGUACCUUUCUGUGGCUCCUAAACCCUUUUCCAAGUUUAACCUGAAAAUUACACUUAAACCAGUCCUCUUCAACUUCAACCAUUGUUUUUCUUGUCCUAACUUCCAAUCCAACUACCCUUCUCUCUUCAAGUUCCUAGCAGAAAAAUGCAUGUCCAGUCCUUGCUUCAUUCUUCUCACACUCCUUUCCAAACCCUAGAACCCAGAUUUUUUUCUCAGUCUUUAUUUCUCUCCAAGAAGCUUCCUCCAUUGCUAGCUGCACCCGAGGACUUCCGCAGCUCCUUUUUGCCUCCAAGCUUACGCACUAUUAAAUCAAGAAGCAGACUUGUCACUCCUUGCGUAAGUCCCAGCCAAGAACUUGUCGAUAAUACUGUGAGCGAAAAUGAUGCUAAUAUUGCUUCAGAUUCGCUCUGUAACGAAGAAGAAAAGGAAGAGGAAAUGAAAAUGGAGGUUAGCAGCAGAGAGUUAUUGGAGAAUCAGAGCUUAUGGAAUCAAAUUAAAGAGAUUGUGAAGUUUACAGCACCCGCCACUGGGCUAUGGAUUUGUGGGCCGUUGAUGAGUCUUAUUGACACUGCUGUUAUUGGCCAAGGAAGCUCCCUUGAGCUUGCUGCUUUGGGUCCUGGGACAGUUUUGUGUGACAACAUGAGUUAUGUGUUCAUGUUUCUUUCAAUUUCUACAUCGAAUAUGGUUGCCACUUCCCUUGCCAAACAGGAUGAAAAUGAAGUGCAGCAUCAACUAUCUGUCUUACUCUUUAUUGGAUUGACUUGUGGCUUCCUAAUGGUUCUCUUCACCAAGUUCUUUGCUGCAUCAGUAUUAGCUGCUUUUACAGGUUCCAAUAAUUUACAUAUUGUUCCUGCAGCAGACAAAUAUGUUCAGAUUCGAGGUUUAGCAUGGCCUGCAAUUCUUAUUGGAUGGGUUGCUCAAAGUGCAAGCCUUGGCAUGAAAGACUCCUGGGGACCAUUGAAGGCAUUGAUAGUUGCUAGUGCUAUAAAUGGCAUCGGCGAUAUAUUACUCUGCAGGUUUCUGGACUAUGGUAUAGCUGGUGCAGCAUGGGCAACAAUGGUGUCACAAGUUGUUGCUGCUUAUAUGAUGAUUGAUUCACUGAACAAGAAAGGCUACAAUGCAUAUGCCAUUUCCAUUCCAUCACCUACUGAUCUUAUGACAAUAUUUGGGCUAGCUGCUCCAGUGUUUGUAGUGAUGAUGUCAAAGGUGGCUUUCUACUCUCUCCUUGUAUAUUUUGCUACAUCUAUGGGGACACUCAGUUUGGCUGCUCACCAGGUCAUGAUUCAAGCAUUCAUGACGUGCACAGUUUGGGGUGAGCCUCUUUCUCAAACUGCACAAUCAUUUAUGCCUGAGAUGAUGUAUGGAAUGAAACGAAGUUUGGCAAAGGCUCGAACACUGCUGAAAUCACUGACAAUAAUUGGAAUCAUGCUGGGAUUGAUGUUAGGGAUUGUUGGAACAUCUGUUCCUUGGUUGUUCCCCAAAAUCUUCACACCUGAUCAGAACGUCAUCCAGGAGAUGCACAAAGUGCUGAUACCAUUCUUUAUGGCACUAGCUGUGACACCCUGCAUUCUCGGCUUUGAAGGAACGUUGCUGGCAGGAAGGGAUCUUAAAUAUCUUAGCUUAUCAAUGGGCGGAUGCUUUUCUUUGGGUGCUGUGGUGCUCUUGAUUGUGAGCAGCAGAGGUUACGGAUUGCUGGGAUGCUGGUGUACCCUUCUAGGCUUCCAAUGGGCUCGAUUUUUCCUUACUCUCCAACGCCUUCUUUCCCCCAAUGGCAUACUUUUCUCUGAAGAUCCAGGCCAAUUUGAAUUACAGAAGUUAAAAGCUGCAUAGUUUCGGAAUCCAAACAUUUCCAAAGCUCCAAUUGUAUACCACGAAAUUUAAGGUAUUCACAAGCCUCGAAUGUCAUGCUUUUAUGCAAUCGAUUAAAUCAUCACAAGAUCAGCAUUUGCUUGUGCCGUAGCUGUUGGAGGUCAAGUGCCAUCAUUGUUCAAUGCCGAAAUGAAGCUAACUGUGCCCUACCUCAUGCUGUAAACAUUGUUUUCUUCAGAGCAAAUAGUACAUCCUAGAUCAAGAGACAAUAUUUGAAAAGCUUUCCCACAUUAAGUGGAGGAAAACAGUAAAUAGCUAAAGUAUUGUUCGUUACGCCAUGCUUUCGAUUAAAAAAAAAAAAAAACCUUUUUCAUUAAAUAGAUGUUUGAGGAUAUAUGGAAUGCAUGUACUCAUGCUUCAAAGCUAUGAUCAUUGAGUUUUUCAUUC